UUUUCCUCAUUUCCGGGGGUAAAAUUGAACAGCCACAGUGGUAAUCUCUUUCACGUUUAACACGUCAGGUUUAAUUUGAACAAAAUUAAACCGAAAUUCCCAUUCAAUUUAAAUUUGCUCCUUUAAUUUAAACUGCUGCUUUUUUCUAUUUAAACCCUUGAAACAUGAUUCGGGUGUUGUUAUUCUUGGGUUUACUUGUUACCUCUGUGUACACAUCUUUAACACCUAACACCUUUUUGACCAGUGAAGACAAAGCACGUUUAAGUGAUUUGUUUAAAUUGGAUGAGCCUUAUAAUGACAUUCCUUUUAAUAAUUUAUAUUAUUCGCUUGUUGGUUCAACGGUUUUAUCAAAUGAUAAACUGUUCACUAUCCUCAACACACAGCAAACUAAAAAAAUCUGUGAUUACAUUCAAACUGGCUUGGCCGGUACCAGUCCAGUGUUGGAAACCAUUUAUUUCGCCUCGUCGACCGGUAAAUUGUUAAAUUGUCAGGUACAAGCUAAUGCAAAAACAAUUAGUUUUCUGGAAAACAAGAUUGUCGCUGAUGUUUCUGUCUCUGAUCUCUACAAAUCGGCUUUAUCGUUAAUCAAUCUCGGUAAACCUGUAGAUGCGCCCAAAAUCAGCAAAUUAUUACAAGCUGGUUUGAAAAAAGAUGACUCUCUUCUGAAUGCCGGACAUGCUUUCAGAUUAGCUGCUCAUCUUCAAGGUGCUGGAAAUGCAGCUCCUUUCUACGAAAAAAUUGGUGAUGUUGUCAUGCAGGCUGAUGAAGUCGAUGGACGUUUUCUUCAGUUUGAAGGUGGACUUGGAGUAACUGCAAACAUAAUUUUAGGAAUAUAUUCAUUGGCUUCUUCGCUUAAUAAACCUCCUGGUCUAACAAAUGAGCAAGUUAUCAAAUUCACUAAUUAUUUCUUAAAUCGCAAAACUGUUCAAACAGUGAAAGGUGCUGCUGACUUACUAGAAGUAUUGAAAGUUUUAUCGCAAAACAAUUAUCAUAUCCCGGUAUGUGUAAGUCUUUAUGGCAGCUCAUCUAUCAGUGAAGAGAACCCAUUGGUUAGCGUUCAUGUUACUAAUGUCUUGGGUCAAAGCUUGGGCUCUGAAUUGUCUGUUUCAAGUGAAUCAACUCUAUGGACUGGCAAGAAAGCUUUCAAGGCUGUCCAAGGCGACUCUACCAUGUUUGCUUUCGAUUUAAUCGAGAUUAAACCAAAACGUGGUCCUCAUAGUCUCACUAUUUCCGUCUCUACAAGCAAACCAGAUUCCAAACUUAUCGGCAAUACCGGUGCUGAAAUAAAAGUAAUCAUUCUUACCAAGGUUACUGUAGAAAAUGCCGAAAUCGGAAUCGUUGACAGAGAUCAAACUACGUCACUUAAAAUGACUGCUUUGCAAUAUCCUGGGUAUAAUAAGAAUACCCUGGAAGUUGACCAACAGCAGAAAAUAGUCAUGAAAUUCGCAUUAAAAGAUUUAAUUUCUGGUGAAUACUUGACCCCUCAUCAAGUAUUCUUGCAAAUCCUUAAUGAUGAAAACAAAAAAGAAAAUAUUUAUGUAGCAGAAACAGAAAGUAACACAAAUCUUUACAAAUUCGAUCUCAAUAUGGCUCAAAGAGCAAAAGAUUUUGGUCAUAAUUCUGGAUUGUACCAUGUUUCUUUAAUUGUUGGAGAUCCUGCAAUUGCUAACCCAUUUGUUUGGAAGUUAGCCAGUCUAAAGAUUUCAUUUUCAUCUGGUUCAACUCAACCAGUGAGAGAUCAAGCCCCUUGGAUGACGGCAACUUACAAAUCUAAGCCAAUUAUUAAUCAUAUUUUCCGUCAACAAGAUAAGAGGCCACCGACCGUCGUAUCUGAUGCUUUUGCUUUGUUAGUCUUAGUUCCUGUCUUUAUUCUGUUCGUGCUAUGGAUAAAGCUUGGAGUGAAUCUCUCUGGUUUCUCAUUUGGCCUGAGUGGAUUAAUCUUUCAUCUUGGUUUGGGUUCAAUAUUCGCCUUAUUUACUUAUUUCUGGCUCGAACUGGACAUGUUUUCAACUAUCAAAUAUUUGUUGGGACUUGGUCUGGUCACAUUUUUAUCCGGUCACAGUCUCCUAAGCAGACUGGCAAAUAAAAAGAGUGACAAAUAGCUUUGUAUUUAAUUAUAUAAUAGUCUUUUCCAUUAAAUAUAUUUAUAUUAAUUAUUACUUUAA